UCAGGUGAGCUGUACCUUUUAAAAAAUGAAAUGACAAAACUUUCUAUAAAUAUCACCUCGGUCCUCCAUUAUCUUCAAAAGGAGAACUCUGUUUCUCUGUUUUUCUCCUUCUAGAGUUUUUACUGUGUUUAGAAAAAAAUGGGUAGAAAUUGUGUCUUCUUGAUGGGGCUUCUACUUCUGUGUUGCUUAGCAGAAGCAGAAUAUAUGAAAUAUAAAGACCCCAAACAACCGAUAAAUGUUCGAAUUAACGACUUAAUGAAAAGGAUGACUUUGGAGGAAAAAAUAGGCCAAAUGACACAGAUUGAGCGCAAUGUUUCAUCAGCUGAUGUGAUCAAGAAUUACUUCAUAGGGAGCUUGCUGAGCGGAGGAGGGAGUGUUCCAGCUAAAAAGGCUUCAGCACAGGAUUGGAUUGAAAUGGUGAAUGGCUUUCAAAAGGGUGCUUUGUCUACCCGACUUGGAAUUCCCAUUAUUUAUGGUAUUGAUGCUGUUCAUGGCCACAACAAUGUUUACAAUGCAACAAUCUUUCCUCACAAUAUUGGCCUUGGAGCUACAAGGGACCCUGAACUUGUGAAGAAGAUAGGAGCUGCAACUGCACUUGAAGUUAGAGCUACAGGACUUCCAUAUGUUUUUGCCCCUUGCAUUGCCGUAUGCAGGGAUCCGAGAUGGGGUCGAUGCUAUGAAAGCUACAGCGAAGAUCCUAAGAUUGUUCAAGCAAUGACUGAGAUUAUACCAGGACUACAAGGAGAUAUUCCUACUGGCUCAAGAAAGGGUGUCCCGUAUGUCUCGGGAAAAAAAAAGGUGGCAGCUUGUGCUAAGCAUUUUGUGGGUGAUGGUGGGACAACCAAUGGCAUAAAUGAGAACAAUACUGUGAUAGAUAGACAUGGUUUGCUUAGCAUACACAUGCCAGGCUACUAUGACUCCAUCAUCAAAGGUGUGUCAACUGUCAUGAUCUCAUACUCUAGCUGGAAUGGAGUUAAGAUGCAUACUAACCGCGAUCUUAUCACCGGAUUCUUGAAGAAUACUCUUCAAUUCAGAGGUUUUGUAAUCUCAGAUUGGGAGGGUCUUGACAGGAUAACUAGUCCUCCACAUGCUAACUACACAUACUCCAUUGAAAUGGCCAUUAAUGCUGGCAUUGAUAUGGUCAUGGUUCCAAAUAACUAUACAGAAUUCAUUAAUGGUCUAACCUCCCUGGUAAAGAAAAAUUUCAUCCCCAUGAGCCGCAUUGAUGAUGCAGUGGAGAGAAUUUUGAGAGUAAAGUUUGUGAUGGGUCUGUUUGAGAAUCCACUCGCUGAUUACAGUCUGGUUGAUCAGCUAGGAAGUCAGGAGCACAGAGAAUUGGCUCGGGAAGCUGUAAGGAAAUCACUUGUGCUGCUAAAGAAUGGGGAAUCAGCUGAUCAUCCAUUGCUACCUCUUCCUAAAAAGGCAUCAAAAAUACUAGUUGCUGGCACCCACGCUGACAAUCUUGGCUAUCAAUGUGGUGGGUGGACAAUUGAGUGGCAAGGACUUAGUGGCAACAACCUCACAAGGGGCACUACUAUCCUCACAGCCAUUAAAAAUACAGUUGACCAACAAACUGAAGUUGUCUUUGAGGAGAAUCCGGAUGCCAAGUUUGUGAAGUCCAACAAUUUCUCUUAUGCCAUUGUGGUAGUUGGCGAACAUCCGUAUGCAGAGACAUUUGGUGAUAGCUUGAAUUUGACAAUCCCUGACCCUGGUCCAAGCACCAUCACAAAUGUUUGUGGAGCUGUAAAAUGUGUUGUCGUUGUAAUCUCCGGCCGACCAGUCGUGCUUGAACCAUAUGUUUCUUCUAUGGAUGCUCUUGUUGCUGCAUGGCUGCCAGGAUCCGAGGGUCAAGGAGUUUCAGAUGUUCUAUUUGGUGACUAUGGUUUCACUGGGAAGCUUCCCCGGACAUGGUUCAAGACUGUUGAUCAGCUGCCUAUGAAUGUUGGUGAUGCACAUUAUGACCCCCUCUUCCCAUUUGGAUUUGGCCUCACUACAAAACCUGCCACGGCUAGCUAGGCUGUUUACCUAUUUUCAAACCAUUUUUAUAGAAAUUGUAAGUUUAACCUAUAAUUUAAUAGAAUAAAAGAAAUAUUAUACCGCUGUUAUAA